AUGCCUUCAAGGAUAUCAGAAGAGUCAAACGAAUUGACAAACUCAGUCGAUAUCGUCUCAAGAUUCCUCGCCCUUGAGCAAAUCUACAGCGCCAGCCACCUCGAUACAUACCUUCAAUCCCUCCAACAAACAAACGACGAUGUUUCAACUGAUGUGAUCGUCCUGUGUGCUUCGGCGAUCCUGGCGAUCCCGGAGGCAGUAUUCGAGUGGGCAGUUCAACAACAGACCAGCCCCGAAACGCGAAAAGGAAACACAGUGCUUGUCCUAUGUGGUGGAAUUGGACCCUGCACACCAUUCGUCUACGAUGCUAUAAAAGCCAGCAAGAAAUAUUCUCCAAUUUUUGAUGAGAUUAAUGGCGAGCCAGAAGGUCAAAUAUUGAGAACCAUGGCGGAACGAUAUUACAGACUCAACGUCAAGAACGAAAAGACCACGCGCGAAGGGUUCAAUAUUAUAGUCUCGGACCGUUCUACAGAUUGCGGAGCUGAUGCAUGCGAGACUCGAAAAGUCUUGGAUGGCCACGGUAUCAGCUUCCCAAGAUCAAUUACCGUAGUUCAAGACCCUGCUAUGAGUAGUCGAACAGUAUCAUCCUUCGAAGGCAUUUACAAUGACCAAGAUGUGCGAGUUUCCAGCUGGCCUCAAACACGUCCAGAUCUUAUGAGCAACCAAGGAGGCACCCAGGCUGGAAAAGAAAACAAGAUGAGAGAGCUUUGGUCUAUGGAUCGCUUUUUAGACCGGAUCAUGGGAGAUACUGCCUACACACAAAGUGAGCUUGGAGAGGGUCGGAAAAAGAAUGUUGAUAUCCCGAAUGAGGUGGAAGAUGCUUGGUCUACCAUCAUGGAAAAGAAUAGCUUGAAAGUGUCAUGCUGA